AUGACAGUGCCAAAACGAUGGGCAAAAACGGACAUUGAACAGAUACUACGUUCUAAGGGAUGCACCAUCAAGAGAUUACUGAUGCGUGUUGAUCGCUUCACUUUUAUGAACGCUAUCACAUGUUUCGUCGAGCUUGGUAGUGAAGCAGAAGCUACCAAGGCCAUUAAGGAGCUUAACGGCUUCGAGGCACAGGGCAAAUCACUGGUUGUUAAGCCCUUGAACGCUGACUUCAGCUGGGAGAAAAGUGAGCAGCGGAAAGGCGGGCCUUUUGGCUCUCGCUACUUCAUUGACGAAGGCACCGCUGCAUAUGAUGCUAUGCGUCCGUUACUUGAACGUCGCCGCAUUGUACUUUCGGUCGAGACACCCGGAUGGUCCACAAACAAACGCUUUGCCGUGGCGGUACAGAACGCAGAGACAAUCAUUGAGCGACAAUUCGGCAAAUACGGUAUCGAGUCGGUCAGCGGAAUGUCGAGGUUCGACAGAGGAAAGACACAUGAGCCGAGUUUUCUAUGCCUCAUCGAUUUCAGCACCAAAGAGGGCGCGGAAAAAGCAGUCAACAAUCACCACGACACGCAAAUCGAGGGCCGCUUAACAUGGCUGAGACCUGCCCAACCUUCUGCGUGGAGGAUUCAUCAAAUCCAGAAGGUAGUGGGGCCAGAGGCGUUGAAAGCACUACAGGAAAGCGGUGUGGUGCCCGAGGACCAAGAGGUUUACGAGGACAAGUUUGUCAACCCACGGCCGAAGAGACGGGAGAGACAAUAG